AUGUUCAACCUGCAGAUCGAUAUGCCUCACAGAGUGGAGUCUAAUAUUCGCAACCUCUUCCACGUGGCCUAUGUUCUGAUUAAGUUUGCCAACUCUCCUCGACCAGACCUCUGGGUGCUAGAACGUUCCACCGACUUCGGAGAGACCUACCAGCCGUGGCAGUUCUUCGCCUCUUCUAAGAGAGACUGCAUUGAGCGCUUCGGACAGCGAACCAUCGAACGGAUCAACUCUGACAACGACGUCAUCUGUACCACUGAAUACUCCCGCAUCGUACCCCUGGAGAAUGGAGAGGUGGUGGUGUCUCUAGUGAACGGGCGUCCCGGGGCUAUGAACUUCUCCUACUCUCCAGUCCUGAGGGAUUUCACCAAGGCCACCAACAUCCGUCUCCGUUUCCUCAGAACCAACACCCUCCUGGGACACCUGAUGGGCAAGGCCCUCCGCGACCCCACCGUCACACGCAGGUAUUACUACAGUAUCAAGGACAUCAGUAUCGGAGGACGCUGUGUGUGUAACGGACACGCUGAGGCCUGCGACCCACACGACCCCAACGACCCCUACAAACUGCAGUGUGAUUGCCAGCACAACACUUGUGGGAAGUCAUGUGACCAGUGUUGCCCCGGAUUCAACCAGCUACCAUGGAAACCAGCGACCAUUUACAAGGCUAACGAGUGUGAACGUGCGUGUUAUCUGUUUCAUUCAAUAAGUCAGCCGAACCAACGUAUCGGAGGGAAACGUCUGAUGACAGAGUCAGCGAACCAACGUAUCGGAGGGAACCGCGUUCCGACAGAGUCAGCGAACCAGGUAUCGGAGGGAUACGUUCCGACAGAGUCAGCCGAACCAACGUAUCGGAGGGAAACGCGUUCUCAGAACCAACGUGAUGACAGAGUCAGCCGAACCAACGUAUCGGAGGGAACCGCGUUCCGACAGAGUCAGCCGAACCAAGGUAUCGGAGGGAAACGCGUUCCGACUGAUGACAGAGUCAGCCGAACCAACGUAUCGGAGGGAACGCGUUCCGACAGAGUCAGCCGAACCAACGUAUCGGAGGGAAACGCGUUCCGACUGAUGACAGAGUCAGCCGAACUAACGUAUCGGAGGAAACGCGUUCCGACAGAGUCAGCCGAACCAACGUAUCGGAGGCGCCGCAUUCCGACAGAGUCAGCCAACCAACGUAUCGGAGGGAAACGUUCCGACAGAGUCAGCCGAACCAACGUAUCGGAGGGAAACGCGUUCCGACAGAGUCAGCCGACCAACGUGAUCGGAGGGAAACGCGUUCCGACAGAGUCAGCUUGCAGGCAACGUAUCGGAGGGGAAACGUUCCGUCCAGCCGAACCAACCCAUAUUUCUUUCCGAGAGUCGUGUCGGAGGGAAACUCCGACUGAUGACAGAGUCAACAACUCGUUUGGAGGGAAACGUUACAGAGUCACGAACCAACGUAUCGGAGGGAAACGCGUUCGACAGAGUCAGAGUAUCGGAGGAGCGUUCCGCAUCAAACCAACGUAUCGGAGGGAAACGCGUUCCGACAGAGUCAGGCAUCACACCGCUGGUGUCAACUGUGAGCGCUGUAUCCUCACCUACUACAGAUCACCUGACCAUCCCCUGGACUCCCCAUUGGCCUGCUCCCCCUGUGUGUGCCGGUCAGAGUUCACAGAUGGUACCUGUGAGGAUCUGACGGGUCGGUGUUACUGUAAACCCAGCUACACCGGAGAGAACUGUGACACCUGUGCUGAGGGAUACAUUAAAUUCCCAGACUGCUACUCCAUAGCAACCUACCUCAACAACAACAAUAGCAACAGAGAAGCUAAACCUGCCGGAGAAAUCAUCACAUGUCGAUGCUCAGGCGCCGGGUGCCAGGGUGGUAGGUGUGAUACGCUGACUGGGCAGUGCCAGUGUCACCAAGGCUUCCAGGGCUACUCAUGUGACCAGUGUGCUCCAGGCUACUUCAACUACCCCCUCUGCCAACUGUGUGGCUGCAGCAGCGUGGGUUCCCUCCCAGAGGGCUGUGAUUGGUCUGGACGGUGUGUGUGUCGUCCAGAGUUCCAGGGACCGCGAUGUGAGCAGUGUAGAUCAGGCUUCCACUCCUACCCCAACUGCCAAGUGUGCACCUGUGAUCCUCACACCUCCCUGGGCUCCAGCUGCAGUGUGUCGGGCCACUGCCACUGCAGACCCAACUACAGCGGCACCGCCUGUGACCAGUGUGCUCCUGGUUUCUACGGCUUCCCCAGCUGCACGCCUUGUCAUUGCUCAAUUGAGGGCUCCAGGUUCAGUAGCUGUGACCAGGUGAGUGGUCAGUGUACCUGUCUACCCAACGUAGCCUGGGACAGACUCUGUGACACCUGCAGCUCUGGAACCCACGGAUUCCCUCUCUGCCAAGCUGACACAUGUAACCCAGCCGGUUCUGUACAGAACGAGGUCCUGCCAACCGUUGGCUCCUGUGAGUGUCUUCUCUAUGUGGAGGGAGUGGCCUGUGACAGGUGUAAACCCCUGUUCUGGAACCUGUCACCUGACACCGUCUAUGGGUGCUCCAACUGUGAAUGCAACGUUGAAGGGACAAUGGGUGGUGUGGCAGAGUGUGCUCAGAGUAAUGGCCAGUGUCCCUGUAAGCCCAAUGCGUGCGGUGGCACCUGCUCUGUGUGUAAAGAUGGAUUCUUCAACCUGCAGAGUGACAGCUUCUUCGGCUGUCAAGGCUGUCAGUGUGACAUUGGAGGAUCAGUGGGGCAGUCCUGUGGGGAGAGGAACGGGAGAUGUCGCUGCAGACCCAACGUAGAGGGACCCAAGUGUAACAGGCCUCGUCCGGACCACUACUUUCCAGACCUGCACCACCUGAAGUUUGAGAUAGAGGAGGGUACCACGCUGGACGGGCGGCCGGUGCGUUUCGGCUAUAACCCCGCGGAAUUUGAAAGGUUCAGCUGGAGAGGGUACGCUCAGAUGUCCCUAAUACAGUCUAAGGUGGUGGUUCAAGUCUCGGUUAGCUCUCCGGACCUGUUUCAAAUAGUCUUGCACUAUGUGAACCGCGGUGGCCUGGACAUGAUGGGCAGGGUGUGUAUCCUGGAAGAUGGGAAUAACUCCACGUGUGGCAACUGCUCAGAACAGUCCAAACAGAUUGUGUUUGCCCCCAGCUCAGAACCUACCUUCGUCAAUGUGCCCCAGAAUAACUUUGUAGAACCAUUCGUCCUUAACCCUGGUACCUGGACGGUAAUCAUCGAAGCUGAGGGCAUACUGCUGGACUACCUGGUGCUCCUGCCCAGUGCCUACUAUGAAGCUCCCAUUCUCCAGAUCAAAGUGACUGAGCCAUGCUCCUACAGGCCUGCACCGGAUACCAGCCACAACUGUUUGCUCUACAAGUAUCUGUCUCUGGAUGGGUUCCCCUCCAUCUCUGGUAACGAUGCCAGCUGCCGGUUCGACAACCACCUGCCCAGAACCUGUCACCAGGAGAGGAUCACCCCUUUCCACCUGGACAUGGCCGUCUGCAGUGGCAGCAAUCUAAAUGUCCAGCUGCGUAGCCCUGAUCCCGGGGACUAUGUUCUGGUGGACACACCAGCACCACGGCUGCACUGCAAAUACAGUUUCCUGUGUCGGGUGGUGACCAUCGAUGAGAUGAAUCGCGUGGCUGUCUUUACUCUCCCUACUGAUGCUGAGGUCCAACUGAUCGCUGACAGAGCCAGCUUCCUCCUGCACAAAGUGUACCUGGUUCCUCGGGAGAAGUUCACUAUGGAAUACCUGGCGCCUAAGGUCCACUGUAUCUCACCUGACAGUUCGUCCUGUAUCAUGUCGAGGUUCCAGACCCCGUCUGAUUCGCUGGUGUUGAAGGAAGGUCAAGGGUUAUCGGUCCAGGAGCCCCCCCUAGAGCCGGCAGGAGCCCGUCCUCCCACCGCGGCGGAUAACGUGGACCACUUCCGCCUUGAUAACAGCCAGAAUGCAGCAGUGUACUCUGGCCGUGUCCAUACUCUGGGUCGCUAUGUAUUCAUCCUCCACUACCACCAGCCCCUCCACCCCACCUACCCUGUCCAGGUCUUCAUCAACGGGGGACGCAUCUGGCAGGGCCAUGCCAACGCCUCUUUCUGUCCCCAUGGUUAUGGUUGCCGUAGCGUUCUGAUCUCCGAGAACCAGAUCAUUCUGGACGUGACGGACAACGAGAUCUUCCUGACUGUCCAGGUCCCCGAUGGCAAAACACUCUGGCUGGACUAUAUUCUGGUGGUACCAGAGAGAAUCACCUAUAACCUAUGCUACAGCUACAGUUACCUGUCUGAAGAACCUCUGGACAAAUCAUAUGACUUCAUCAUAUAACCUAGACUCAUCAGCAACUGUGGACAGAACAGCUUCUACAUCAGUGAUCCUGCCACAGCCUCUCCAUUCUGUCGUAGUUCAGCCAUCUCUCUCUCUGCGUUCUUCAACAACGGUGCCUUGCCCUGCGGGUGCCAUGAGGUGGGCGCGGACAGCGAUACCUGCCAGCCCUUCGGCGGGCAGUGCCAGUGCAGACCGAACGUCAUCGGCAGGGACUGCUCACAGUGUGCCACGGGCUACUGGGGGUUCCCCAACUGUAGAGCGUGUCAGUGUGGUACACGGCUGUGUGAGCCGGUGACUGGAGACUGUAUCUGCCCACCGAGGACCCUGCUCCCAGAGUGUAUCCAGUGUGAGCCCCAGACGUUCGGCUGUCAUCCUCUGGUCGGCUGUGAGGCCUGCAACUGUUCCCGUCCUGGGGUCACCACCCCCAACGUCAGCUGUGACACCGACAGUGGACAGUGCAGAUGCAAGAACAACAUCAUUGGUCGUCAGUGUGAUCGCUGCACCCAUGGUUUCUAUGGUUACCCCAACUGUAGGCCAUGUGACUGCAACGACGCGGGGAUGACAGAGGAGGAAGUGUGUGACUCUUACACGGGACGAUGCCUCUGCAAGGAGAAUGUCCAGGAUGGUCGUUGUGACCAGUGCAGAGUGGAGACCUUCCACCUUGACCCCGCCAACCCUAAAGGCUGCACUUCCUGUUUCUGUUUCGGAGCCACCAACCGCUGUCGCAGCUCAGAGAAACGACGGACUGAGGUGAUGGACAUGAUGGUCUGGGUGCUGCUGGGAACAGACAGACAGGAAGUUCCUGUGACAGUAUAUCCUGAUCAGCAUGUGGUGGAGGCGGACCUUAGUGACGUACCUGAUGUCUACCAAGACCUCCUCUGGCACGCUCCUAGAACGUACCUGGGGGACAAGGUUUCGUCUUAUGGAGGCUAUCUGCGGUAUCGUCUGCACACUCAAACUAUGAGAGGAGAUGUUCUCUCUCUGCCCGCUGAAGCCUCUCGACCUGACGUCAUUCUCAAGGGUAACCAGAUGACCCUGGUGUUCAUGGAGAGAGAAUACUCUUCACCUGAAGAACCACACCUCGGGAUAGUCCACAUGGUAGAGGGAAGCUUCCGCCACGCCCUGACGGGCAAUGUGGUGUCUAGAGAGGAACUCAUGAUGGUUCUGGUGAAGUUAGAGUCUCUCCAGAUCAGAGCUCUCCACUCCCAGUCUGCCCACACUGUGUCGCUACGCGGGGCCGUGCUGGAGGGAGCGCAGACCCUGCCCACGGGGCGUCAUGCCAACAACGUAGAGAUCUGCCUCUGUCCUGCUAACUACCAGGGAGACUCCUGUCAGCAAUGUUCUCCAGGGUACUACAGAGACACUAAAGGUCUGUUCCUGGGGAAGUGUGUUCCCUGCAACUGUAAUGGCCACUCUGACCAGUGUCUGGACGGGUCUGGAGUCUGUGAAAACUGUCAACACAACAGGGCUGGAGACCACUGUGAGAAAUGUCAAGGUGGUUUCCAUGGUAACAACUCUCGAGAUGGACAAUCCCUCUCCUGUGACACCUGCCCCUGUCCUCUGCAGGUGUCCUCCAACAAUUUUGCAGUGGGCUGUGUGGAGAAACUCAACAAGAUGCAGUGUCUGUGUAUGCCUGGCUACGCUGGACCCCAGUGUCAAAGGUGUGCUCCCGGUUUCUACGGCAACCCCAUGGUUAUUGGCAGCGCGUGCCAGCCCUGCCAUUGCCAUGACAACACGGACCCCAACAUGCUGUUCAGCGACUGUGACGGGCUGACGGGCGAGUGUCACAGCUGCAUGCACAACACCGCCGGGACGCACUGUGAGAUCUGCGGCCCCGGUUUCUACGGUGACGCCGUCACUGCCAGGAACUGCACCAGAUGCAACUGCUCUCCCUGUGGCACAGCUUCUUGUGACCGUCACACAGGACAAUGUCAAUGUAAACAAGGUGUGACCGGACCACACUGUGACCGCUGCCAGGACGGUGCGUUUGGCUAUGAGUCGUGCUCCGGGUGUCGUCGCUGUGACUGUGACGCCGCGGCGGCCCUGGUCCAACCGUGUGACCCCAGGACCGGGUCGUGUGCCUGCCAACCAGGGAUCAGUGGCCCUAACUGUCGCCAGUGUGCCCCUGGGUACUGGGACUACAGCCCUGAGGGAUGCAGGAAGUGCCAGUGUCAGCACGGUCGCUGUGACCCUCGGACAGGGGAGUGUCGCUGUGGAGACGGCUUGACAGGCAGACAGUGUGACAGCUGUUCCCAUAGAUACAAUGUUCCUGUACAGCACGGACGUGACAUGACCUGUGAACCAUGUGACAGCUGUGUUGUAGUCCUGUUGAAGGAUCUAGACGGUAUGACUGACAACUUUGGCUCAGUGUCUCAUCACCUGAUCAACCUCAGCGUCUCCUCUAUCCCCUGGGCUCAGCUACACAACCUGAGCAGAUCCGUGAACGAUAUCGCUAAUGCCAUAGAGAACUACAGCGAUACUCUGGAUGAGAGCAGUAAUAGAGUGGACAUGUUGGAGGGAGAGUUCAUCAACAUCAAUUCAGACAUCAAUGACCUGGAGGGGAAGGUGUUGGCGACAGCAGACAAAGCAAACACUCUGGAGGACAGCGGCACUAACACGCAUCAGAGAGCCCGGGACCUGCUCUCACACAUCAAGAGCAUCAUGGGCAAGGUGAAAGACCUCAUGCUGCAGGUAAAACGCACGGUUCUGAAUGAGACAGAAGUGGAGCAGGAGGAGGAAGACCUCUCUAAGAACAUACAGCAGGUGGAGGCCAUGCUGAGAGAGAUGAGAUUCAGGAGCUGUGUCGGCCAGAAGAAGAUAGCCGACAGAGAGCUGUCCGAGGCUGAGAAACUGCUGGAGAAGGUGAAAGACCAGCUGGUGAGUCGUGUGGUGGAGAACGAGGGCUUGGUGAAGAACAUCAGGGACCGUCUGAGGAAGUUCCAUGACCAACUGAUGGACCUGAGGGACGCUCUGAACCAGGCAGUUAAAAACACGGCCGUCGCCUCCGAUUCUAACGCUGUUAAUGAGAAGAGGCUGGAGGACUGCCAGCAACACGCGGAUGAGCUGAAUGUGAAGAACAAGGAGGUGGAGGAUCUCCUGCAGAUGGCAGAGGAUGACGUGGCCGCUGUCAAUGACAUGCUGUCUAUGCUGCACGACUCCAAGGAGGACUAUGAGCGUCUGGCAGCCCAGUUGGAUGGUUCCAGGAUGCCCUUGGCAGAGAAGGUGUUGGAGUUUUCCCCCUCCGCCAGUAAGAUACCCCUGGUGGAGGCAGCAGAGAAACAUGCUGAACUACUCAAUGAGCUGGCCAUGAACCUCGCCAGUGUGAUCUCCAACACCAACGAGGACGGUUUCAUCCAGCGAGCCGCGAACGCGUCCCGGGCGUUCUCCGACAUCGUAGACGCCGUCAGAGCCGCUGAGACUGCUGCCAACCAGGCUGCUAUGGACGCACUGGCGAAUGUACAGGAUAAGGACCUGGGCCAGACAGCUAAAGGUCUGAGGAAACACAGUAUUGAACUGUUGAACCAGGCUGUCAAACUACAGGAAGAUGUCAGUAAUGAUUUGAAACUUCAGCUCCAGGAUGCUAAGACUCGUCUGGAUGAGGCCAGAGACAAACAGGAGACUCUACUGAACGACCUAGAGAUGGUGCAGAGUAGCCUCAACUUCAGUCGAGAGGAGACAGCUAGUGACAUUGAGGAAGCUAAAGCAUCUGCGGAGGAGGCCAACAGUACAGCAGCGAGAGUAAAGGACACCCUGGCCCCUCUCAAGGAGCAGCUGGACCAAUGGCAGCAGCAGUACGGAGACGCCAACACCAACAACAAUGACAUCCACAAGGCCUUCCUGGAGGCCAACACCUCUGUGGGUAUGUUGGGUGAGGCCAUCCCAAUACUGAUGAAGAAGCUGGACAAGCUGCAGAACCACUCAGCCCAGAUGCCCAACAUCUCAGAGAACAUCCUCAGGAUCAGACAGCUCAUCGCUGAGGCUCGCAAGGCAGCCAGCAAGGUGAGCGUACCUGUGAAGUUCAACGGGACAUCAGGUGUGCAGGUGCGCACCCCCAGUAACCUGGCAGACCUGGCAGCUUACACCUCCCUCAAGUUCUACAUCACCCUGCCCGAGGCCUCACGCGGCCGCAGACAGGACCAACCAGACAAACAGUUUGUCUUUUACCUCGGAAACAAGGACUCCAGUAAGGAGUUCCUGGGAAUGAUGCUGGAAGGGCACAGACUGCACUGGCUCUUCAAUGUGGGUGGAGACACGGCCGAGGUGGAGAUGCCGGAAGAUGUCCAAACAGAUGGCAACUUCAACAACGUGGUCCUGGAAAGGAUCCUUCAGUACGGUCAGAUGGCCAUGACUUCGGAGACCAGGGUGACCAAGGCCAUGGUGGAUGCAGUAGGGGACAGCGGACUGCUCAACCUCCAGACUGAAGAGACUGUGUUCUAUGUGGGAGGGUACCCUGACACAUUCACGGUGAGAGGGAGCUGUGUGUCCGUGUCCGGUUCGAAGGACCACAAUGUAUCCACAGCCUUUCCUCCUUCCAGCUCCAGUUGCCCCCAUGUAUCUGGAGACCUGGCUGAGGAGGUGCUCUCUUUAUCCUUUGAGGAAUCUUCCAUCUCAACACCACCGAGGAGAAACCAUGUGGAAGCUGGAGACCUGAAGGAGGAUACAGGGAAGAUGCAGCGCUUUGAACAGGAAGUUAAACUGAUGAGUCACAACGGCAUCCUCUCAUGCUCCUCAGCCAGGUCAGAGGUCACGCACUGCUGCUGGGGUUUUGAGUCCGAGUUCACUAUGCGGGAGAAGUUCCUGAGCUUGGCGGUGCGUCAGGGACGUCUCAGGGUCUUCUAUGACAUCACUGGUUCUCUACAGGAGCUGGAGCCUAAAGAUCCAGACUCCCCUUACCUCAAGAUCAGCGACGCUGAACCCAAAUCUUUGGAGAUUAUCCUCCUCUACGAUACGACCACGCGUGUUGUGGUGAGGAACAACCGCCAAACCCUGCUCAACUACGUCUUCACCACUCCCCUGCCGCGCUCCGAAGCCAGCUACUACCUGGCCGGUGUACCAGAGGACAAGAUGCCUGAAAGCCUGAAGGCCCUGUUCCCUCUCCAGGGCUCUCUGAAGGGCUGUUUUAGAAACGUCAAGGCCAUGAAUUCUCACAUCGACCUGAAGAGGAUGCCCAGCUCUGGGGUCAGCUACGGCUGUGCCAAUGACCUACUGGUGGCCCGUGAGGCCCACUUCUCAGGCCAGAGUUACCUGGACUUGUCUCCAGACAGCAUCCCUGGUCUCAGGAACAACUUCUACGCCGGGUUUGGCUUCCGCUCUGACCAGAAGAACGGACUCAUGUUCUACCACCAGGCUCAGUCUCUCUACAUUCACCGCUGUGCCUAUCCUUCUAAGUUUACCCCAGCUCAGACAGUCAGAAAGAAAGUGAGAGGACACAGUCACAGACAACACUACAGGGUGGUGUCCACUAAGCUCUGCAGGGUGGUGUCCACUAAGCUCUACAGGGUGGUGUCCACUAAGCUCUACAGGGUGGUGUCCACUAAGCUCUACAGGGUGGUGUCCACUAAGCUCUACAGGGUGGUGUCCACUAAGCUCUACAGGGUGGUGUCCACUAAGCUCUGCAGGGUGGUGUCCACUGAGCUCUACAGGGUGGUGUCCACUAAGCUCUACAGGGUGGUGUCCACUAAGCUCUACAGGGUGGUGUCCACUAAGCUCUGCAGGGUGGUGUCCACUAAGCUCUGCAGGGUGGUGUCCACUAAGCUCUGCAGGGGGGUGUCCACUAAGCUCUGCAGGGUGGUGUCCACUAAGCUCUGCAGGGUGGUGUCCACUAAGCUCUACAGGGUGAUGUCCACUAAGCUCUACAGGGUGGUGUCCACUAAGAACUGCAGGGUGGUGUCCACUAAGCUCUGCAGGGUGGUGUCCACUAAGCUCUACAGGGUGGUGUCCACUAAGCUUUGUGUGGUGGUGUCCAUGGCAGGCAUACAGAACAGCCCUCUGCUCCUGACCCUGUUCUCCAACAGUGAGAGUGUAGAGGAGCAGUUAGACUCAGACUCCCGCUCUCCUCUCACAGAGAGACCCAACAUGACCUCGUCCAGAGACUGCAACAUGCUCCACAAACACCACAUGGGAUCCUGCCAAGUGGUGGGGUUCUGGAGCCACCAGGGGGAGCUCUGGGGCAGCGGUAAAAUGAGGUUUCCCUGCACGCCCUGCUCUACUCCUGGCCCACCACGCUCCUCCAGGCCCUCUGGCCCCUCGCCCAACACAGUUACCCCAGGGCGAGGACUGCUGCUGGGUACACGAUCUCCAGGCUUCCCCUGCCUGGAUCCCCCACCCCUAGAUCUCCUCGUAGGUGCCAGACCAGGAUGA